GCUUUAGUAUGCUCUUGCGUGUUCUUGGAUGCUUCCACGCUGUAUCGUCUAAACAUAUCUGCUGGAUAAGCAACUGAGAUCUGAGCCUUAUGGUCCUGGUCAUGGCGAUCCCCCCUCGGGGUAAGUUCUCGAGAUGUUCGCAUGAGCUACAGGGGCUUCGUUCCUUUCAACACUCCUUCCUCGAAGAUACUCCGCUCACACGUCGACAAUAUAUACCGGACGUCCCCUCAUGCUUUUUUGCCCCUCUUCCUCGUCGAGCGGCUUCCAAUCUAUGACCCUUGCUACGACUUGUUGAGCGUCUUAUGUCUCCUCUCUGAUGGCUAGUGCGGCGUCCAAUUCCUCCUUAGCAUUUGUGUCGUCGAUGUCGAGUAGCCAGGUCCACUCUUUCAACGACUCGACCGCCCCGCCAAUUGCGCUGUCCUCAGCCAUCUCGUCCUCGUCCCCUCUUGCCUCGAUAUCCUCUGUGGCCAGUAGCCGUGCCCAGGCAUCCUCUACGGCCUCCCUUGUGCCCCCGUCUUCUACAGGAACGACAUUUGCAUCUGCAACACCUUCCUUAUCGGCAAAUCCGUCUUCCUCCACGGCUUCUUCGCCGUCUCUGGUGCUUUCUUCCGCUUCAGCCACUCCAGCUUCCACCAUCGCACAGGUUUCCUCCGUUACGAUUGUCACUUCCGCCCAAGCAAUACCGUCUGCUGUUACCAGCACUUCUACCCAAGUUUUUAGGACAUCUUCGUCUGAAGUAGCGUCUAGUCAAAUUCCCACUGCCGAAAUUUCUUCUCCCUCCGCGGCUACUUCGCCCACAGCCAGCAUGGCAAAAGCAGCGCUGAGUUCUGUGACAAAUGCCACGUCGGCGGCGGCCACAUCAUCAGUGGCGUCAGUGACAGCGUCUUCGACUUCGGAGGCGUCUACAACCCAAAAGCUGGCCGCAACCACGGAGGCUAGCUCCUCUCAAGCCACAUCCCCCGCGUUCUCCGCAUCAUCGUCUGCAGAUCCCACGCCUGCUUCCUCGUCCGCUGUCCCCUCCCCAUCUUCCUCUGCAUCCUCAUCUAAUCCUCCUGCACCGUCCUCAUCCGAUUCUCCUGCCCCCUCAUCCGACGUUGCCACUUCUUCUGCAGCUGCCUCCUCAGUUCAGUCCAGCGCAGCAGAGGCCACUCAAUCCACGGCGAGUAGCGCACGACCUCCUAGCCUGGUGGCGUCAGGUUCAUCCUCCCCAUCAGCCAGCCAGCAGAAUGGGCUCGAGGCGGCAUCUACCGGCUCAUCCGCCGCGUCUCCUGGGUCCACAGCAACAGCCUCCGGAUCGUCUUCAAACGAAGCGUCUUUUGCCUCCGCUGUCGACUCGUCUCAGGCCAUUGGAUCGCACACUGAGUUUACGACUACUAUCGCCUCAUCAGUUGUCGUCAUUCAGGAAGGGCCGAGCACCACGGCGACGAUAACGUCCACUAUCCAGCCGGAAUCGACAUUCUCAAGCCCCGUUUCGAUUGCGACUACUCUCGCCGACGGAAGAGUGUCUUCAGUUGCGCCUUCAUUUGUGACGAGUAUUGGGACUUCCACUGAACCUAAUGGUGCGACAACCACCAUUACCCGUGUUAUCGCCAAUCCGACUCGAGUGGCGAGCUUGAGCCACAAGACAUUCUUCGACAACCAUGGUGCCGUAGCAGGAGUCUUUGUCGUCGUCGGGCUCGUGGCGGCCGCUCUGGUUCUCCUCUCCGCCUGCAUGUGCCGUCGUUACCGCAAACGCCGUAACCGUGGCGGCCUCCGUCUGCAAGAACACUCUCCCAUUGCGCACGAGAAUCAAUAUUCAGACGAGUCGCCUCAGAUGUCGAUGAUCGACGGUGCCCCUCACCAGCCCCUCGACUGGGACAGAAUCCACGCCUCCGCCAAUCGUGGCGUGACCACGCAAGGCCCUGUCACAAUGCCAGCACCCACUCACUUCCCGCUCACUCCUCGUAGCACCUCUGGUUUCGACAGGGAAAUAGUGCCUCAGGAGCGUUAUCGCGGCGUAGACGAGAAUCCGUUCAGCGAUUACCACAGCAGUUCAAAUAUUGGUUUGGCUGUGACCACUUCACCUACCGAAGACGCGCCGGAACAUCACCGCUCAGAAUCUCGAGUCUCUGAGGCUCCUUCUUCGCCUUCUAUCUAUCCGCCGUCCCUCCCUGGUGACCAGGUCAAUUCGAGUCACGCGCAACCGGAGAACAUCGCUAAUCCAGGAACUUUUAUUGCCGAAAAUGGUCCGUUCGAUAUCGUCCCUCUCUCGCAGCUUGAACCUCUUCGCCACCUCGGAGCAUCGAAGGAUACAUUGCGACCUGCGACCGGCAACACUGUCAUCGAAUCUCCUUCCAGGAUCACCAGUCCGCCCCGCCCUCCACGCUCAGAACUGAGGUCGUUUGGGCCCGCAGCGCUGACUCCGCCCGCCUCUGUCUCUUCUCAUUCCCGUGGCCACACCGACAGUCCCGGUGGCAGUACUGGCUCUGAUCACAUUCCAGCGUUCCAGUUGAGCCCACUCUUCGACGAGAAACCGUUACAUCCACCUGGGCCUGUCCACGAACCCGAAGUAUUCCUGCGGCGCUCGUAUUCGAGGCGCACACCCAUGAACCACAACAUGCAUAACGACUUUGCGACGCCACCUAGCUACUAACGCGGGCAAUAGCCUAUUUAUUCAAGUUUAUUCAUCGGGUGUUCGGGAUGUAGCAUAGUGUGGCGUAUAGACGAGGUCGUUAGUCGGUGUGGUUGAGAUAGUGUGGGCAUUCACGCCACACUGUGUACUGUUAGCAUUGUGUUGUACAGAUAUCGAGUAUCCUUGCAUUUUCCUCCCUUUUCGUACGUUGUUGUUGAGACCCAACAAAAAAGCAUUCACUUGAAC